AUGGCGGAGACCGCAUGUCGAGUCACCCGCGACAGACGGAAGACGGACGCACCCACCUCACAGUGGCAGCAGGCCGGCACUAGCCACAUGGGAACCGCCGGGCACCUGCAAAGACCCACCCAGAGCCAAGCCAAACAGGCGGAGAAGCCGGAGCCACCUCAAGCCAACGCAAACAGCUCCACAAGCAACCGACGGAGGUCGACACCUGCAAACUACUGCCUAAACACCGCCAAAUGCUCAACUCAAAGAGGAGACAGUGCUCCAGCUACAUAG